UGAAGUUGGUUUCUAGUGUCGACUACUACGCAAGAAGAAGAAGAAGAAGAAGACUGAAAACUGCUAGAAUCUCACGAAAUUUCGUCAAUUGUUUGCUCAAGAUAUGUUUUGCGUUUAGCUUUUAUCAGCAAGAAAAGUAGUGAAGGCAUAGAAAGACAAUUGUGGCGAAACGUGUGAAAAUCACUUUAAUGUAUUUCAAACACGAUAAAUGUUUUCAUGCGUCUGAAGAAAUUAUUAUAUGAUUGCAUGGAAAAUAGUAUGAUUAUAUACAGUCUAAAAAAUAAACUGGAUUCAUCUCAUAAGCACUACGUAACGGAGUACAUUUCAAAGUAGUUGCCCGGAAGUGGAUAUUAAAGACGCUCAAAUACAGUCAGGAUAUUUGGGGGCUCUGUUUGGGGAACGUCACGACGUGGAACAGCCUUCCCGACAUACGAAGCCACUGCGUUGGUUGCCGCAUUGCUAAUCCCAACAGCCCAGCCGCAAAAUAUCCUCAUUAAACAUAUAACUGAUGCUGACUUCAAUGAUAACAAGAAGGCAACUAUGUCGGGCUGGUCUAGUUGUAAUUAUAUUUCUGAUUGUUUUACUACUUUCAUGGAAAGGUAGCAGCGAAACAAAACCACAAUCUCGACCCUAUGAUCCUGACCUGUUUGCUAAAGUAGAUGGAAGUAUAUUUGAAGGAUUUGACAACGAAACGGGGACAAGUGAUGGUUCGACCAUAGUCCCAAAUCACGUACAUUUUCUGUUCUUCGACAAAACUUACAUUCCAUACGUACAUGCCGUGUGUGUGUUAGCAGCAUUUAAAAAUCAACAACCAGAAAAAAUAAUCUUUCAUACAAAUGUCAUAGAAUUUACUGGAACACACUGGAUCAAAAUAAGAGACACUUUGGGUUCUGUUUUGGAGAUUAGGAACAUCACGUUACCAAAUGAAAUAUUUGGACAAAAAUUUAGUAAAAAUUUUCACCUCUGGCAUGCUAGUGACGUCACAAGAAUAAGAAUCCUCAUGGAACAUGGAGGAAUAUUCGUUGACAAUGAUUCUUAUAUUGUACGUAGCUUAGAUCCGUUCAGAAAAUACGAAAUGGCAAUUGGAAUUACUGACGGUAAUAAGACAGGGACACAAGUUUUAAUAGCAAAUAAAGAUGCAAGAUUUUUAAAACUCUGGCUAGAAUUAUACAGAGAUUACAAACCGGAUGACUGGUAUUACAACGCUGGUGAGAAACCUGUGGAGGAAGUUUUGAGAUACAGACCCGAAUUGGUUCAUGCAGUAAAAACUCUGUUUGGGGUGCACACUCUAAGUGACAGGCUUUAUAUAUGGGACAGGUGGGAGACCUGGAAGAAAUAUUACAGCAUUCACCUCAUAAUCAGACAUCGGAAUUACAUGGACACAAUAUGGAACAAUUACCGAUGGCCUGAUUUAGACGAAACGAAUAUCUGUGAUUACCCUAAACCCUUUGGAGUAAUGGCAAGAGAAAUUUAUUCUGACUUUUGUCGUAAAAUGAAUUAAAUAUUUUUAAAAAGUAAAGAUUAAUACUAUGAUGAAUGAACGAAUUUGUAUUCUUUCAAAGAUUGUUAUUAAUGACCAUUUAUAAAACAAAUAAUCCAUUAUGAUUAUAAGAUAAUAUGUAGAGAAAGUUGCAUAAAUUCCAGGAAAAUCGCAGCUCUGCUAAAAGUUGUAUCUAAAAUAAAGGUAAAAAAGUAAUUCCAUCAAAUUUGUGCGAACUGAGAGUGUAACUAUUAUUUACGUGGGAAAAAUGUUAUUACCUAGUACCAGUUGAUUCUCGGUUUAUUAUUACAUGUGGCGAAAUAGACAUUUAUAAUUUAUCUUUGUUCAUUCUGUAAAUUUUGUCAAUGAAUACAUACAAACUAUUCGCUUCAAGUGUAAGAAGAAAAAAUAUUUCAAUUUUUGACACUGUCAGAUACCAUACAUUUAAAAGCAUACAAAGAGAAUUACAUUAUUCGUGGCAUGGA